AUGAAAACGCUUCCUGUGAAGUCCUUGCUUCAGUUCCGAACAGUCUCUAAAGCAUGGAAGUCUCUCAUCGACAGCCCUCGUUUCAUUGCUCGUUACAGCAGCCAACGACAUCAUCUACUUGUAAGCUAUAACGAUGAAUCACAUCGCAGUAAGAAAAAGUUCGUUUCUCUUGUAGACGAUGAGACUUUCCCACAAAAGAAAGUUUCCCUUACACUUCCUCAAUGUGUUGCAAUGCUUCUUACGCCUACCAUUAUCGGCACUUCUCACGGCUUGUUUUGUUUGUACGGUGAUCGUCAUCUUCUUGUGCCGCGUGGUGGCAAGGCUGUUAUUUGGAAUCCUUCCAUUAGAAAAGCGGUUGUUGUUCAUGUGUCUACUGACCCUAAGAUUGUAGAGAUAUCUAGAACCGUUGUAGGUUUUGGGGUUUGUCGUGAGACUACUGACCCUAAGAUUGUAAACAUUAGACACGGUACGAAUGUGUUAGGUUUACGUUGCGUCCAAGUUGAGGUUUUUACGGUAAGCACAGGGGCGUGGAGAACUCCAUAUAGCAGCAAUCUCCCUCGGACAUCAGUUUACGUAAAUGAAGAGAGUGUGGUAGUUAUAUACGGAGUUCUUUAUUGGCUUGCUACUGAUAAGAUUACUAAGGAUGGUGGAUCUAGGUAUAAUCAGUUGAUUGUUUCUUUUGAUAUGACAAGUGAAGAGUUUAAAGAAAUAAACCUCCCGGAUAGUUUAGCAUAUCGUUUUCCUAUGUCAAUUAAUGAGCUGAGGGGGUCUCUUGUUGUGCUUGAACGCGGUGUAGACGCAAGUAAUCCAAUUUUCCGUGUAUGGAGGAUGGAGGAGGGUGCUCCAAAUUCGAAGACAGGUGAACUUAUAAUUGAGAUUUCUUCAAAUGAUAAUGAGCUUGAUGAAUCACUUGCGGUUCAUGAACUCAACUCGAAUUCUAUCAAUAAUAUUGGGGUUAGCGGAAAAGCAUCCUUGAGGUGCUUGAUGCCGGUUACCCGUGAUGGCGGCGUUAUCUUCGGGGUGGCGUCAGGUCACGAGAUGUGGAUUACUAGUGAUGGCGGCGUUACCUUCGGGGUGGCGUCAGGUCACGAGAUGCGGGUUAUUUGUGAUGGCGGCGUUACCUUCGGAGUGGCGUCAGGUCACGAGAAACAUCACUGA